CAGCGAAAGCGGAGGCGGUGAAAGAUCGGAGGAAGUUCAGUGAAAUCGACAUGGCCAGUCCUCGAACUAGGCGAGUUUUAAAGGAAAUAAAGCCGAAGGACGGUAAUAGUAGUUGUUUCGAAUGUGGGGCUCAUAAUCCUCAGUGGGUGAGCGUGACCUAUGGAAUAUGGAUCUGUCUUGAAUGCUCCGGCAAACAUCGUGGAUUAGGAGUUCAUUUAAGUUUUGUCAGAUCAGUUACUAUGGACAAGUGGAAAGAUACUGAGCUGGAAAAAAUGAAGGUUGGUGGUAAUAGCAAGGCCAAAGCAUUCUUCAAAUCUCAACCAGAUUAUCGACCAGACAUGUCAAUUCAUGAAAAAUAUAACAGCAAAGCAGCUGCAUUGUACAGAGACAAGAUUUCAACCUUAGCAGAUGGAAGAUCAUGGUCAGAGGAGACCUCAACUGCCAGAAACUGGGAACCACCACUCUCCAGAAGUUCAAGCAGCACAGCUGGCAGCCGGAUGUCAAAUGGCUCAAGUUCAAUGUCUCAUAGUGCCUCUUCACCAGAACUCAUGUUAGGAAUAUCAAAGAGUGAAUUAAAUUCACAAAAAGAGGAUUUCUUCAGUAGAAAACAGAUGGAAAAUGCCUCAAGACCUGACAAUCUUCCCCCAAGCCAAGGUGGACGGUACACUGGGUUUGGAUCAGGACCUGUAGCCACAUCAAACAGCAGCUCAGGUUGGGAUACAGCAUUUUCAUCACUAUCAUCAGGCUGGAGUUCAUUUGCUGCAGGAGCUGCUCAAUUUGCCACAGUUGCUUCCCAACAGGCUGUCAAGCUGGGCUCUACAGUCAAUGAAUCAGUUAUUAAACCCACAGCAACUAAGGCAGCAGAGCUGGGAACUACAAUGAAUGAAGGUGUAAAGAAAGUGUCAACCAGGGUUCAAGAGGGCAAACUGCUUGAUGACAUGUCAGCUUCAAUGUCUACUUUGUCCAGUAAGGUACGGGAUGCCAGUACCAAGGGAUGGACAAACCUGCAGACUGCCAGUGUGAAAGGCUGGGCCAAUAUUCAAACAUUUGUCAAUCAAAACAGCAGUGGUGAUUAUGGUACAAAAUCUCUCACAAGUGGUGCAAACUCUGGAGGAGGCUAUGGAGCUGUCAAUGGUGUGUCGCCAUUCAGCAAUGCGACUAGUCAUGGCGAUGGAAACUGGGAUUGGGAUAGUUACACAGAUAUCAAUGAAGAGGAGGUUGAUGACGAUGAGGGGAUUAAUGUUAAAACAACAACAGAAGGUGGUGAUGAGGAUGAUAAUGGAGAUUCUUGGGCCUGGGGAAGUGACUCAGAGAGCCCAAAACAAAAGUUGCCACCCAAGAAUGGUGUCUCUGGGGUUGCAAAGCAAUCAUCAGCAAGAGCAACUACCAGGACACCACCAAAGACUGAUGCCACAGCCAGUAACGAUGGCUGGGGAGAUCUGAUAAAUUGGGACAAUGAUGAGUGGGGUGAAUCAAGUGGAUGGAGUAAUGAGGACUGGCAGAGUCCUGGUAGUAAAUCAAAGAUAUCUGCUGGAGGGAAUGGGGGGAAGAAAGCUGACUGAAUAUGAACCAUAUUUUCAUACACAGACAGACAGUGCAAUCAUUAUUUAUUUCUGUAACCAAACUAUGAUGCAAUCACUGUGUCACUACUUCAAUCAGGUCCAUUAAAACAUAGCAAGAUAUUGUAAUACUUUUUGGGGGGUUGGAGGUUCUGGACAAUGAAUAAUUCUUAAUAUAACCUGACACUGGCCGUAAUUAGGCAAUCACAAAAAUACUGAAGUGACAUUUUGUCCUGCAUUGUCCUAAACUAAUCUGUCCACUGUAAUUAUGUAUUAAAUUGUUGUUGUUGCAAGUCGCAAGUCCAUUCAAUUUGAUAGAUUUGCUGGUUGCUGAUGAAUACCAUGAUUCAGGCUAGGGGCAUAGAAUUUAUUAUCCACAUAUCUUUUGUUUUUUUGGACUUACUAUGAGUGGACUUUUCUCUUUGAUGUUUUUUUUUCCCAUUGGUUACCAUUUCCUGGCAAACCACAGAACUUCUAGACACUAAUGAGGGCCAGAGAGGAGUGUCCAGGAGGAAAAAAGAGGGAAAGAAACCAAUCAUCAAUAGCUUGGUAUAAUUUUAAUUUAUCAAGUUAUUAUGAAAAUAAUAAUAUGGGGAAAGUGUAGUACACAGACACCACAUUGGUGGCCCUCUUACAGAAGCAUUAAAAAUAGAUUCCACUUCAAAGCUCUGUCUUGAAUAUGUGAAAAGAACAACUUAGUCGUUUGAAGGAAGGGAAAUACAAGGCAUACCCCUAUCUUUAUGACAGCACUUCUUUUUACCAGGCUAAAUCCAGAUUUUGCAAUCAGAAAUAAGUCAGAUUUCUCAAUCCAUUUAUGGCCAAACCAAUCUAAGAUUGCAGUCCAAACAAUCCAUGUCUCAAGGCGAAUCAUUUAGAUUUGAAACCAAAGCUGGUUCCACUUGAGCAAACUUGUUCUGGAUUUCAUCUUUGUGUUUAAAAAAGGCAUUCCCAGGCCCCUUGCUGUAGUAGCUCGACCUUUUUUUCAGUUUUUUGUUCCAGCUUCUAUGAACAUUCAAGCAAAUUAUCUGGAUUAACUAAUUCCAAAACUGGAUUGGUUAAAAUGAAUGCUACCUAUUUGUGAUCCCCUUGGCACCCAGGAGCCUGCGAGGAUAGAAUAGUUUGUGUUGAUUUUAGAAUGUUGAAGAAGUCAGUGCUGUAGAUUGUGCAGAGUUAGAGUAAAAUUGUUAAUAUUUUUCAGAAAACAUUGGUUAGGGGAGGUGGACUCUUGCUUCCUUCUUUGAAAUAUAUUUAAAGUCUCAAAUGUACAGGGUAUUCAUUUAUCAAGCAUGUAAAUAAGAAUUUUUUUGUUACACAACUGUGCUAGUUCAGAGGUCCAAUAACUAAAAUCAACCAAUGGGAUUGCUUUAUUGCCAGUCCAAUAUUCUCUAAGCAUUGGACUGGGCACUGUGCCCAGUGAUCCCACAGUGAACAAACAGAAUAAUGUAAGUGUCAAUGGUAUUUAGCUUACUAGGUUACUCUUAAGAUUUUCAGGCAGUUAGAGUCGUGUAAUAAAUCUCAUAUUAACCAAGCUUGCUUGGUAUCAUACUGGAAGAAUAUUGACCCUUGGUCUUUUAGGUAUGGACCUCGCUGUGCUUGGUCAGUACAGUUAAGACCUCGGGCUAAUAUUCUCCCAGUAUGGCCUUCGCACUUGGUUAAUAAGAUAUAUGAAUUGGAGUCAUAAUUUUACCCACAACAUAAGCCUACAAUUUAUUUUUGCCAAGCUCUACAUAUGCUAUUCUCAAAUAUCAAAUUGAAUUAAAAGCUUCACUGACAAAGUGGAAAAUAAUUGUGGCAUGAAGGAUUAACAAAAGGUCUCAAGUUUGAUUUCAUGAUUUGUAAUUUGUACAGGAAAGUAAUAAUUAUAAUUAUUGUGUUCAUUUGUGAGUGCUAAGAAAAGAAAAGAAAAAGAAAAAAAACAGUCAUUCUAAACUGGUGCAUACAACCAGUGUUCCAGAUAAGUGAGGGGUCUCUGGUCAAAAACCUAACAAGGUCAGCUACAUGACCCAACAAAUUAAUAGAAAAUUUACAAUAAUUUUGUGGGAACAGUUGCAAUUGACCUGUUGGAACUCCUUAUUGAUAUCCUGUCUUGAAAACUUAUCUGGAACCUUCACAACUAGUGAAUUGAAUGUAACAGAUUCAACGAAACCUUAUACAUGUACAGGAAACAAUGUACUCUAUAUUCUUUACUGUUCAAUGAGUUCUGUUGUUUAAGACUGCAUUUCACAACACUGAGUGGGAGAAGUAGUUACAGUUGGACCCUAUUAAUUUGAACUCAGUUAUUUUGAAUUCGUUGUUCAAACUCAAAACUAUUUUCAUUGGAUUUGCCCUAUAUUCCCUUGGAUUUGCCCUUCAGCUAUUUGCUAUCAGCUAUUUCAAACUCUUGCUAUUUCGAACAAUUUUCCGUUUCCCCUGAGAGUUUGAAAUAGUAAGGUUCAACUGUAUUCUUCAAUUUUACCUUUCAAUACAAUAUUAUGUAAUUAUUUUGACACAGGAAGAAAAAGAAACAAUAGUUUAGAAGGAUAUUAAACUCAAAAAAAUUAAUGA